UCGUUCGGCCACGAUUUAUACGUUUACUCCAUGAGAAAUCCAUGAUAAGAAAUCUGGCUGUUAUCGCAGGGUCCUCUGUACGAUGCCCGACUAUUACCUACACACAACACUUCUUACUGCUUAGUUCUUACGAUAAUUGCUUUAAGUGUUUGUCUUUGACCUAGGAUACAGAUUUACAGUGAGUUGACUGUGCUGCUAGUUUGUUUUAUAACAGUUAAUAUUAUAACGUAAGAGAGCCGCCUUACACUUUAGCUACUUGAUUAAAAUUUACGUUUUUAAAUACUAUAAUAUUCCAAUCGAUUCCAUCAGAAUACUUACAACUUUCAAUUACCAAAUUGUUCACUCACAGAAAAUGGCCCAAACUGAAGCUGUAAAACAGGCAAAAGAAUUACAUGAAACAUUGCAGGCUGACACAGAGAAUCGUUUAGUUCAAAAAUUUCCUGAACGAAUUAUACAUUUAAACGAGUUACUCAAAAUGCCUGAGUUCAAAAUUGCUUCAAAUGACAUGAACUGUGAAUUUAUUAAAAAUUCAGAUACAAUUUCGGGACAAACACUCAUACCGUCUAAUAAGAAAAUUGUUGAAGUUAUUGAAAUUGUUAAACCCAAUCUCGCACAAUUAGCCGAAGAUGCCAAAGCUUUGAUAAUGUGGGUAUCCUUAUUAAUACCGAAAAUUGAAGAUGGAAAUAAUUUUGGAGUAUCUGUGCAAGAAGAAACUAUUUCUGCUAUAAACGAGGUUGAAAUAAAAACUACCAAAUCUCUUUUGGAAAUAACGCUCUACUAUUCAGCUCGUGCAUCACUUAUUUCCAAGGUUUGCAAAUACCCAUUCAUUGAAGACUAUCAGUAUGCUGUUGCAGAAUUGGAUGAAAAACAAUACUUCAUUAUGUCUCUUGCCAUGCACGAAGCCCGUAAUUCUUAUUCUACAAUGCAUGAACUAGUCAUCAAAAACUUUGACAAAAUAAAGAAGCCGCGGUCAUCAAACAAUGACAGUCUUUAUUAAGUACAGUAAGAUCAUACACAAAAAAUAACAACGAAGACUACAGAUAUAUCUAAUAUCUAGCCUUCAUUCUCAAAACUUUAAAAUUUAAAUUUAUACCCUUAUCAUUCCCUCAAUAUAUUCAUUUUUAUGUCGAAAAUAUAAGCAACAUUUUAACAAUAAGAAUAGAUAUUAUACAAAAUGUUUUCUUCAGUUCAACAUUUAAGAUGUGCAUGGUAAUAAAUAAUAAUAUUAUGUC